UGUUCAGUAGUCUUAGUACUUAAGAGUAUCCUAGGCUACCAACCCAAGUACUUAUCUGUAGAUUUCAAAAUCCCAGUAGAGAGAAUAGAGAAUGACUUCUGGAAUUGAUAUCUCAAGUUGCAACAUGAAUCCAAACCAUGAAUGCAUGGUGGAAUUGAAAGAUGGUGGGAUGGAGAGGGAAGGAGAUGGUGUUUUCUUGACAUGGGAGGAUCUAUGGGUUACAGUACCCGUGGGAAGAAGUGGAAGAAAAUCAAUUCUUCAAGGGCUUACAGGGUAUGCCCAGCCCGGCGAGGUCUUGGCCAUCAUGGGUCCUUCUGGUUGUGGAAAGUCCACUCUUCUUGAUACCUUGGCAGGGCGACUAGAUCCAAGUGCAAGGCAGCAUGGAAAUGUGCUUGUCAAUGGUGAAAAACAAACUCUAUCAUUUGGGACUUCGGCUUAUGUGACACAGGAUGAUAUUCUAAUGACGACGUUAACGGUUGGAGAAGCUGUAUACUACUCUGCUCAACUACAACUACCUAAUUCAAUGUCAAGAUCAGAGAAGAAGGAGAGAGCAGAGAUGACCAUAAGAGAAAUGGGCUUGCAAGAAGCCAUGAACACAAGGAUAGGGGGAUGGGGCACCAAAGGGAUUAGUGGUGGGCAAAAGAGGAGAGUGAGCAUUUGCAUUGAGAUCUUAACACGCCCCAAGCUUCUCUUCCUAGAUGAACCAACAAGUGGGCUUGACAGUGCUGCAGCUUACCAUGUCAUGAAAAGACUUGUAAACCUUUCUCGACAAGAUGGAAAGACUGUUAUUGCUUCCAUCCAUCAACCAAGCAGUGAAGUCUUUGAGCUUUUCCAUAAUCUCUGCCUUCUCUCCUCUGGUAGAACAAUUUACUUUGGUGCUACUUCUGCAGCAAGUGAGUUCUUUGCAUUGAAUGGCUUCCCAUGCCCAACCCAGAGGAACCCAUCUGAUCAUUACCUUAAAACAAUCAAUAAAGACUUUGAUGAGGACAUUGAACAAGGUCAUGGUGAAAAGAUCCUAAGCACUGAAGAAACGAUCAACAUUCUUGUAGAGUCUUACAAAUCAUCUGACACUUACCAACAAGUGAAGAACCAAGUAGCUGUGUUAUCUAAAGAGGAAGGAACAAUAUUGGAGAAGGGGAGCCAAGCUAGCUUUCUUACCCAGUGCCUUGUUCUUACAAGAAGGUCCCUUCUGAACAUGAAUCGUGAUUUAGGCUAUUAUUGGUUGCGAUUCGUAAUCUACACUGUGUUGUGUCUAUGCCUGGGCACUAUCUUUUACGAUAUUGGUUAUGACUCAAGCUCAAUUCAGGCCAGAAGUUCAAUUCUCAUGUUUGUAGCUUCAUUCAUAACAUUCAUGGCCAUCAGUGGAUUCCCUUCUUUCGUAGAGGACAUGAAGAUCUUCAAACGAGAAAGAUUAAACGGGCAUUAUGGAGUUGGAGCAUUUGUUAUCAGCAACACACUUUCUUCCAUUCCUUACUUGCUUCUGAACUCAGUGCUUCCUGGAGCUAUAGCUUAUGAAUUUGCUGGCCUUCGAGGGGGAUUUGAACACUUCAUGUACUUUGCUUUGAUGCUAUUCAUCUGCAACACGUUGGUUGAAAGCCAAAUGAUGUUUGUUGCAAGUAUUGUGCCAAAUUUUCUGUUGGGUUUAACUGUAGGUGCUGGAAUUCAAGGUCUGAUGAUACUUAAUGGAGGCUUCUUUAGGUUGCCCAAUGAUCUUCCUAAACCUUUCUGGAGAUACCCAAUGUACUAUAUUGCUUUUCAUAAGUAUGCUUACCAAGGCUUCUAUAAGAAUGAGUUUGAAGGAUCAACAUUCCCUAAUAAUCAGGCAGGAGGGACACCCACUAUUACUGGAGAAGAGAUUUUGAGGAAUAUGAUGCAAGUAGAGACAUAUUAUUCCAAGUGGGUUGAUUUAGCUAUCUUGUUUGGGAUGGCAGUUCUGUAUCGUCUCAUGUUCUUCUUUAUUUUAAAGGUUGUUGAGAAGGUUAAGCCUAUGGUCAUGGCCCUCACUGCUACUGUCCAUCCAAAACAAAAGUUACUGAUCAUGGGAAGCCCUCCAGAAUCCUCAUGAUAGAUAUGUGUAAUUAAUGUAUUUCCACUGUCAAAUCUAUGAGCUGAGUGUAAGCUGGUUUAGGUGUUGUGUACAUAUUUACACUUCUAAUGGAGAGAUAUAUCCUUAUGUGCCCUUCCUCACUCUUCUAAAUAAAUAAGAUUAAGCUUCUAUUAA